AUGUCGUCCAAUCAGCUCUUUCAAUACUCUGUAGUCUCAGCUCUCAUGGAUGGCGUCGCCGAGACCGGCAUCACCAUCUCAGACCUCAUCGCGCACGGCGAUCACGGUCUCGGCACGUUCCGACACAUGGUGGGCGAAAUGAUCAUCCUCGAUGGGGUCAUCUACGACAUGAAACCCGAUGGCUCAGUUGUUGCCGUUGAUAGCACUGCAUGCGCAGAGCAAUCGGCUCCUUUCGCUAUGGUUACUCGCUUUGAACCCACAGCCACGAUCUCGAGGCCCCUGCAGGACAAAGACACGUUGGCACAGAUCCUGUCACAGCUUCUUCCGGGGACCAAAAAUCACUAUGUGGCUUUCAGGGUAGACGGUGCCUUCAAGGCAGUGACGGUCCGUACCGUUGGCGGCCAGAAGUCUCCCGGUGAGAGGCUUGCCGAGCUCGGGAAGCGGCAGGUCUCCCACUCGUUUGAGCAGGUCCGGGGCACGAUUAUUGGCUUCAGGUCACCCACGUUUAUGCAGGGGGUCAGUGUUGCCGGUGAUCACCUGCAUUUCAUCUCGGAAAAUCGGGACUCAGGUGGUCAUGUGUUGGCCUUGGAAAGUGACGAUGAUUUGACCAUUGCGGCAGCCCCCAUCACGGCGGUUCAUUUACAGCUACCCUCAAAUGGCGAAGACUAUAAUCAGGCUGAACUCGCCAGGGACGACAAAGGGAUUGCUGCUGUUGAGGGGUAA